AUGGCCUGCGCCCUGGCACCCAACUGGGCCGGCUUCCUCGUGUUCCGCCUGCUCACCGGCGUCUUUGCCAGCGCCCCCAUCGCCGUUGUCACGGGCAUUCUGGCUGACGUCUUUGGCUCGGCACGCACCCGCGGCCGCGCCAUGUCCAUGUUCAUGGCCAUGACCGUCUUCGGCCCCUUGUUUGCCCCCAUUAUUUCUGGCUACUGCUCGGCCACCAUUGGCUGGCGCUGGACCUUCUGGAUUGCACUCAUCUAUGCUGGUGUGUCCCUGGUCCCGCUCGCACUGUUGCCCGAGACGUAUGGGCCGAUUCUGCUAAAGCGCCGUGCCGUCCGCAUGCGCAAAGAGGACCCCAAGGCCAACAUUGUGGCGCCGCACGAGCUUGAGAAGAAAAAUCUGCGCGAACUGGCCACGAUUGUCCUGACGCGCCCUCUGCGCAUGAUCGCCUCGGAGCUCAUUGUGUCAUGUGUCUGCAUCUACCUCGCCCUUUUGUAUGCCAUCUUCUACAUGACCUUUACCGCCUUUCCCCUCGUCUUUGUGGAUAUCUACAAGUUCAGUCCCGGCGUCGAGGGCCUCAUCUUUCUGGCCAUUGGCGCCGGCACCCUCCUGUCGAUAUCCAUCUUUUACGCCUACGACAACUACUUGCUGAACGCCAUUGACCGUGGCGAGGCCUGGACCAAGCAAGAGGAGUACCGCCGCCUGCCGCUGGCCUGUCUUGGUGGACCCGUCUUUGUGAUCAGCUUGUUCUGGCUAGGCUGGACAGCCAGGGCCGACAUCUCCUUCGUGGCACCCAUGCUGGCUGGCAUCCCCUUUGGCCUAGGAUUCAUGUCGGCCAUGGCCAUGUUCAAGCGCCUGACGAUUCCCGGUGCCUGCAGUCUUUUGGGCGGCCUGAGCCUGUUGAUGUGUGCGAUCCCUUUUGUGUUUAUCUGGAAGGGUGAGCAGAUUCGGGCUGGCAGCAAGUUUUGCAUUGCCCUGCGCGAGCGCAAGGUUGAGAUGCAGCGGAAAGUCGAGGAGCAGCGACAGCGGCGUCUUCUACAUGCACAACAGCGCCUGGGGCAACCUCUACAGCAGCCGAUGAAUCCCGAGCUGCAAAAGGAGACCGUGUAA